GGAUGUAACUAAGGAUUUGUCUGGUUUGUCUCUUCGUUGAACUGUUGACUGAUCCCUUCUUGCGGUUUCAUAAUCUCUGUCGAAAAAACGUCGAAGAAAAGGCAGCUAAUUAUCAAUCUUUCUUCCAUCUCACUCACGAUCCCUUAGCAAAAUUCACAAUGUCAAGUGCUAGGACGGUGAGGAAAGAUAAGCCACGUGGGCGUCAUCAUGGUCUCACUCAACAGAAGAGGCAAGAGAUAAAGGAAGCUUUUGAACUGUUUGACACUGAUGGCUCAGGAACUAUUGAUGCUAAGGAGUUGAAUGUUGCUAUGAGGGCUCUGGGUUUUGAGAUGACCGAAGAGCAAAUCAAUCAAAUGAUUGCGGAUGUUGACAAGGAUGGAAGUGGUGCCAUUGAUUUCGAUGAAUUUUGUCACAUGAUGACUGCUAAAAUCGGAGAAAGAGACACUAAGGAAGAAUUAAUGAAAGCAUUUCGUAUAAUCGACCAAGAUAAUAAUGGUAAGAUUUCUCCUGUAGAUAUUCAACGCAUUGCAAAGGAAUUGGGCGAAAACCUAACUGACAGGGAAAUCCAAGAGAUGAUUGAAGAAGCAGACCGAGAUCGUGACGGCGAGGUCAAUGUUGAGGAGUUUCUGAGGAUGAUGAAGAGAACGUCGUAUGCAUACUGAAAUUGAACCUAAGUUAGUUCUGCACCAUGCGUUACUAGAAGCUGCGUCUGCUGCUGUAUGUGAUGUGUACAUGUUGACUGUUACCACUGAGCAUUGCUGAGUGGUCUAGUGAAAGGGUUGCUAAUGUGUGUUUUAUGGGUUAAUGUUCUUGUUUGUUUAUGUUUUUCGUUAUUUAUUUGUAGUUACUCAACAGUUAUAGACCUAAUAUGAAUUUUAUCAUCUUUUGGAAGAAAGUAAUGUCUGAUGCUGAAA